AUGUACAUUGCUAUUCCUGAUUCUUUCAUGUCGGCUGACUAUCCAGCACCAAUGCAAGAUGAUACAUUCAUUAAUGGAUUAAAUUCAUUGAUAAAUACGCCAAUAGUGAGUUAUGAAUCGAGCGAACCAACAUCAACAAUUACAAUACCUGUAACAACAUCAACGACGUCAAGUAAUGUUUUAAUUUUUUUAAAGAACCACCUGGCAAUCGUAAUAGGAAUAGUAGUUGCUGUGGUUGCUCUUGUCAUAGUUAUGACUACUAUUUGUUGCUAUUGGCGGAAACGGUCUGGGAAAAAGAAAUCCAAAAAAAAAGAUGUCGUAUUUCGUGGAAAUAAGUCUUCUAAACCACAUGUUAAACAUGAACCACCGGAUACUGCCUCAUCAUACAGCGACACAUCAAAUGAGUACGAUAUUCAAAUGAAAACAAUACCUGCAAAGCCAAAGCCAAAACGAAAAGCAAUAAAUAAUUACAAUUGUGAUUAUUUAAAACUAGCAAAAGAGUUCAUUUCAUCUCUCGAUUGGAAUGAUAAGUUAUUUGACUCUACGUUUGAUAAAUGCUAUUGUCCAAAGUGUUAUUCUACGAAAUUACCAGAUGUGACACAAGCGGGCGAGGGCGAAUACGUUAUUCCUCGUGAAUGGGCGCGGAUAGGCCUUCGAGUUGAUGAAGCUUUUCAAGAGGAACAAGAUAUAUGGAAUAGAUGGAUUGUAACUUUUCAUGGAACUACCAUCAUAGCGGCGAAGUCUAUUCUUUCUCAUCGACACUUUUGUCUACCCGGAGAUACACUUAUAGAUGGAAGUGUGUUGGGCAUUCGUAAAGGACAUAUUCCAGGUAAACAACAAAUAUAUACAUCACCUACGAUUGCGUAUUCAAGUUUACCAGGUUACAGUCCAAAAUAUGAAUAUUAUUCAACGAAAACUAGACGUAUUUAUGAUGUUCAGAUUGUUUUACAAUGUCGACAAAAACUAGAUGCAUUGGGGAUACAAGGUGAAACCGUUGGGGCUGGUAGUAAGCGUCUUUGUCAAUUUAUACCUAACGAUAGGAUCGAAUAUUUCACUAAAGCAAGAGCAGCACUUGUUCCCUAUGGAUUACUCGUGAGACUUGUUUAA